AUGGACUUCCAGAGUGCUAUGGAGACCUUCGCGGAGGCAUGGGCAGCCGCUAACACGGCCAAGUCUGAAGUACCGAGCGAUCUGUCCCAGAGUCUGUCGUCAGAUUUACGCCGCAGUAAGACACCACCACGCCGUUCGCCAGAGGAGCGGGCGGUACCACGUCCGCCCUCCGCGCCGGUACACGAUCGACCUUCGCUCACACCGCACACACCUCACCUGUCGCCAAAGAAGGAGGCCUUCAACAACCUCCUCAAUAAAGGAAUAUCAGUUCUUUUACCCCUUAAAUCUAAUCCGGGACAUCCCGUCCGCCCGGUAAGGAGCUCAACGUAUAAGCUGGCACACACGCAACAGACAUUCAUACACGCUGUAUUCUCUCGGUUCACUUGGCUUAUAUAA